AUGGAGACCACUGCCGCUGAAACUACUGUUGCCGAAACCACUGUUGAAGACACGACAGUUGGAGUAUCAGUCGUGGGAACAACAAUUUUUGACAUCACUGUUGCCGAAACAGUCGUAGAAGAAAUAACUGUAACUGUGACAGAAGCUCCGGAGACUACUGUAGCCGAAACAACAGUUGCAGAAACUACUGUUGCAGAAACAACAGUUGAAGAAACUACCGUGGCUGAAACAACAGUAGAAGAAACUACUGUGGCUGAAACAACAAUUGAGGAGACCACUGUAGCCGAGACAACUAUUGCGGAAACAACUGUAGAAGAAACUACUGCUUCGGAAACAACUGAAUCUUCCUCUACCGGUAAAAGUAAAGUUCGAACUUAUGGCGGAGGAGAGGAAAAAAUUGACAAAAUCUCACAAGGUGGUUAUGCGGGCAAUAUCAAAGUUGUGCCUUCUGGAUACAGAAGAGUGAAACGAACAAACGAAUAUGGAGAUGAGGUAGUAACUCCAUCACCUUCGGAUGGAGGCUAUGCUCCUCAGGAAGAGCAAACACCAGAACCUGCAAGUCAAGGUGAAUCACCUCCUGUUGUUCCUGGCGGAUACAGGAAGAAGAGAGCCAACGAAUACGGCGAUGAGAAUGUCACUCCCCCACCCUAUGAAGGCCCUCCAGUUCCAGGUGGUGAUUCAUACGCAGAGGAAACACCAGCACCUAUUGACCAAGGUUACGGUGCCAGUGAAUCACCUCCAGUUGUUCCUGGCGGAUACAGAAAGAAGAGGGCCAACGAAUACGGCGAUGAGAAUGUCACUCCUCCACCCUAUGGAGGCCCUCCAGUUCCAGGUGGUGAUUCAUACGCAGAGGAAACACCAGCACCUGUCGAUCAAGGAUAUGCUAGCGAAUCACCUCCUGUUGCACCUGGCGGAUAUAGAAAGAAGAGGGCUAAUCAAUAUGGAGAUGAACUCAUAACUCCACCACCUUAUUCAGGACCUGGUGGCUCAGAAGGAUCCAAUUCUCUCCCUGGGUGA